UAGGUACCACCUACCUACCUAAAUUUUCUUCGGCUUUUCCACGCAUCACGCAGCAGAGUAAAGAAGAAGAUAAAGUGGGCAAUAAUAAUCAAAGCAAAGGAAUGUUUGCAACCUUCCUCCCAAAAUGAACAUGUUCCAAUCAAUCCUGGAGACGAUCCCCGCGACGCGGUCGCAGCUGGUCAACGACCUGGACAUACCGGAUGACGUGUCUGUGCAGCCCUACAUCUGGAGCGAACCUGAAGAGCUGGAGAGUGACAGCGUGACUUCUGUGAGCAUCGAUGAGCUGGACGUCAGGACUGUCAGCUCGGAGUCCAGCCUGGCGCUGUCCAGGGCGAUGACUGACUCAGAGAUUGAUUACGGGAGAUAUAGAAUGCUCAAGAACCGGAGCUUCAGCGAUCCCUGGGUUCAAAUCAGGAUUGCAUUGGACGCCUUCCCUCCGGGCUACCUCGACUCAUUGAACAGUUUCCAAGGCAGUUCCUCGGAAAGCUCAGACGAGCUCAGUCUGGAGCGGCACCGAUAUAACGAGGAGUUAAAGCUGAAGAUGGAGAGGUUCUUCGACGAGGAGUGCCGGGUGUUCUCCCCUGACGACCCCGGCUUGAUUGCGCUGCAAGACGCUUUGCAGAACACUGAGUUGAAGAGCACAGAUUCAGACAGCAAUGUUUCGUGAAGAGUCUCAGAAAAUGCUAUGGCUGCCUAACUUAAAAAUAUUUCAAUGGAUCAAUAAUAAUAAUUUAUAGAUGCCUUGAUGAGUUUUUCUGCACUUAAUUUGAACAAAAUCGGUCUAGUCAUUUUAAGAAAUUACAAAAGUGAUAUUUAAGUAAAAGUA